UUUGCGCAGGCGCGGUGCCAUGUAAACACAACAGUCGCGGUUGGUUGUGCGUGUUAUCAGUUGCAAGUAUCGUUGGCUAGGUUGAGUUUGAACGCUAGUAAUUUUAUUUCGAUUUAAGAGCGCAAUAGUUCCGAAAGGGAGUAAAAAUUGUACUGCGUGCUGUAGUUAGCUAACAUAUGAUAAGAGGAUUCCCGUUAGCUUGCGGUGACGUUAGCAUUAGCUUUGAACCUAUGAUAAAGCGCUUUAGGACAGGCUUGUUAACUACCUAGCUCGUCAACGCCUGAUCUUUUUUUGUUGUCAAUUAGCGCCACGUCGAUUUUUUUGUGUGGUUUAUCACUCUAACUGAUGUCUUUGGCACUGUGACUGAAAUGGAAAACUGUAUCGCAUUGUUAUUGAGCGUAAUUAGCUAAUCAGGCAAAGUUAGCUAAACUAACAGGCCGUCGACAGACAGGAAACGAGCUCCGUUAACCAGCAAAUAACGACAGCCAACCGGCUCCUCCUGUCUGCUCAGAAGAAAAUAAAAAGAAGAAUCUCACUUAGGUUGCUCAAGUGUUAUCAUAUGUUGACUGAAAGCAGGAAACGGCAGCACAGUGGUGGUGAUGAGGAGAAUAGCCACCUGGUGCCCCAAGCCAAAAGGCCGACCAGAGCACAUCCCAUCUCUCCUGAGCCAGGGCGUGAUGCCUGGGACUCUGAGUCAUCCAACAGUGAGAGCAGCAGCAGCAUCAGCAGUCCUGAACGUGCAGCUGGGAGCUGCGUCAGUCAGUGUGCUCAGGGCCCCUGCAGUCCGCUUAGUGUGGGCAAUUCUUUUGAGCCCACGAACCCAGUGUCCUACCUGCAUAUCAACCGCAUCCUGAAGGAUGCCCACUUCCAAAGCCUUCAAAACCGAGGUCACCUGAGAGACACAUGACGACAUAACGUCCCUCUGUCUGUCGCCAGAGGAUUGAAGCCCUGAGAUGAGUAUGAGGAUCACAUGCUGAGUCACUUCACACAGCUCUUCCCCACCCAUCUCCACUGUGGUAUGUCACAGCUCUAUAGAUGUGUGGAUGGAGACCAGCAUCUGGUCAUGUGUCUGAGGAUGGUUCAUCAUUAAAAUAAAUCAUAAUGAUAAUCAUUUUAGCAAUAA